UGGUGGGUGAAGGUAGAAAGCGCUUAUUGUGGGUGAUAGCGAAGCACAUCUGCCGAGUACAUGGAAGAUGAGUUCGGUUUGGAAGCGUUUGCAACGUGUAGGGAAAAAGGCGUCAAAGUUCCAGUUCACAGCUUCAUAUCAGUCUUUGACUGUUGAAUGUGUUCGAGGUGGAAAAUGGCAGCCAAACAAACUUGUUGUUGUGUGGACAAGAAGAAAAAGAAGAAAACUUUCCAAGCCAAUGUCAUGGCAACCAGGAAUCAGCAACCCUUUCCGAGGGAUCAUUGUUUGGCCAGAGCCAGAACCUGUUGAAAUCAACGUUACUCUUUACAAGGACCCCAAACCAGAUAGUGAGUUUGAGGACAAGGAGUGGACUUUUGUCAUUGAAGAUGAAGCCCAGAAUGGAAGAAGAAAGCCCAUAGCUACAGGUGCUAUCAACAUGGUUGAUUAUGCCAGUGUGGAAAGCCACACCUUUGAUGUCACACUUACCCUGAAAGUUGCCAGUAAGAAGUUAGUGUCAGCUUCCCUUGAAUUGAACCUGACCUGUGUAUUGAUCAAGGAGGGGAUGGCUACUGAUGAUGAUAUGAUCAGUAUUGGUAGUAUGAUGAGCUUGAAUGACUCUUAUUACUUUGAUGAUAAUGAUGAUGACAUGGAAAUGGCACCAUCCCCAAGGUUUCAUAGACGAAACAUUUCACAGGGCAAUAUGAAAGUACAAGCUGUAACCAGCCUGCAAGAGACAGAAUUUGCCAGAAGCAGAUCACCAACAGCAUCUCCAGUCCUUGGCAAGAAACGUGGCAGAAUAAGAUCCAAAUCAUCUUUGGGAGAAAACCCUAAGACUCUAGUUAAUGACCUUCUGAAAGCAGAAGGCAUGAAAAGGUCAAGCACUGACUCAGAUGCAUCUGCAGACACUUCUGAUGGUGGCCAGGAUACUAAGGACAAGAGUAAGAUGGAAUCUGAGCUGAUAAAAUGGGCACGAACAUGUACUAAAGGCUACCGUGGAGUGAAAGUUAAGGAUAUGACAACCAGUUGGAGAGACGGACUUGCAUUUUGUGCAAUUCUACACAGCUUCCAUCCGGAUAAAAUUGACUUUUCCUCACUUGAUGCAACGAACAUUAAAGAAAACAACAAGUUGGCUUUUACUGCUUUUGAGAAGCUGGGUAUUCCACGUCUUCUGGACCCCACCCAGAUGAUGUUCACAACCGUUCCGGACAAGCUAUGUGUGAUGACAUAUGUUUAUCAAAUCAAGAAUCACUUCGGUCGGACGCGACAACCGCUCCCUCCGAGCCCACUCAGUCUGGAGACGUCGCCCAGACCGCGAAGAUUACCCGUCCCACCACAAAUGACGGUUACCUCCACAGAGGAACCCACAGAACAGGAUGAUGCUGCUGUAGAAGACAAUGAUAGCGGUGGAGACAGCACGGUGGCCGCCUCCAAGGACAGCAAGGAAGGGAGCAACCCUUUUUCGGACGAUCAGGAGGGGGACGAUGAACCUGCCACGUCCGAUUUGUCGACGAAUCCUUCUGCCAGCAGUUCAAGUAAAGUUAACGGGAGCGAAACAAUUAGCAAGCAAAACAUUGGGACGGCUUCUUCGGAUGCAAGCGUAGAUAGGAAAAAUUCCGCGGAGGAAAAUGAAGACAAGAAGAAAGAUAUUCUUGUAACAAGUGAUGUGAAACCACCACCUCCUAAACCCCCAAGAAUUUAUCAGACUGAUACCAAAGACGAUACGAGUUUGAAGACUGACGAUAAUGUAAAUAAGAAGGAAAAUACUGAAUCAAAGCCGUAUAAUCCUUUCGAUGAGGACGAUAACGAAGAUGUAAAGGAAAAUAACAAAACCGAUCCAAGUACAAAAUCCACGAAGCCCAGCAAAGGUUACAACCCUUUUGACGAUGACGACGAUGAUGUUGCAGCUGAUAGCUCGGCAGAGAAGGACAACAAGCCAGGUUAUAAUCCAUUUGACGAUGAUGACAAUGAAGAAGACGCAACAGAAACUAAUAAAAACGCCAAGAAGAAAACAUCCGGUGUAAUUAAAAGACAAUUGUCUUAUCCCCAUCAUUAUAAUCCGUUCGAAGAAGGCGCUGACGAUAAGUCGAAUGCUACUGAUGAAAGCUCACAAAGAACUAAACCCAAAGAAAAGAAAGAGACUAAGGAUACUGUGUUAAACUCGACAACAAAGAGUUAUAAUCCUUUUGAAGAUGAUGAUGAUGAUGAUGAUGAUGAUGAAAGUUUGAAUGAUAACAAGACUGCCGUGCAAGGUAAUUCAACAAGAAAGUCUAGCACGGAAAGGAAAACCAACGUGAACAGAGUUGCCCAGUCUGGGACGAGUUCUCCGUCUGCUGCGCUUAAACCGGCGGAGACAAGUGCAAAGAAAAGGCGUGCCCCACCCCCACCGGCAGUACGUUCAUCUGAUGAUCCCUGGACAGCGAGACUUCCCACAGAGGUUACUCCCGCUAGACAACGUCGGUCGCGGCCGACAGAAACAAGCGGUGAACAGCAAACAUCUCCUAAUGCAUCCCCCGCGAAAAGGGCUCCAAAGAGGGCCGCCCCUGCUCCUCCGAGGCGACCACCCCUCAUCCCUUCUUUUGACGAAUGGAAAAGUGAGCAAACGGACGGAGACGCUGCUGGUGAUAAUGAAAGACCAGCAGUUUCUAGCACAGGAGACACACAUGAGAAAUCUGAAAGCAGUGGUGGGGCAUCUCCAAAAGCAGCACCCAAAAAUUCCACCACCGACGCAGCUAAUCAGGCGGAUAUAAAACUUCUUGCGCGCCAAGUACUGAUGGACGCGCGGAAGAAGGCUGGCGCUAGCGGUGCGUUACCUAGGGAACGAGUGGCAGAAAUCGCCAAAGCUUCUAAAGGACCAACCGCUGAUAAAGCAACCGCUGAUAAAGCAACCGCUAAUUCAGAUGAGCGCGAAGGUGGUCCACAAGGGAAGGAAAUGGUUGAUGACGAGGAGGCUUUGAGAAAAAAGGAGAAUCUGAGACAAAGAAAGGAGGAGCUUUUAAGACGAAAAAAGGCCACAGAGAAAGCACAAAAAAUGGUCCAAAAUGCCGUUGAUAAAGAGAGGGCACAAAAACAGCCUUCUUCACCGCAACAAACGAUAAGUGAACAAACAAAUCAGGAAAGUAGCACUGGGGGAACUAAUACUGACAGCACUAGUGGCGAUCAGAAGACGGCUGGGAACAAGAACUUACAACACCGUCCGCUGAAACUGAAGGAUAAAGAAAAUGAUGAGAACAGACGAAAAUUAUCACCGCCUCCCAAGAAUGAAUUUAAAGAAAGCGACGAACUGCAGCGAAUUAGACAAGUUUUGAAUCAAGGAAAGAAGGACAGAAAAUCUAGUAAUUCUGAUAAUUCUGGUCAAGACAAAAACUCUUUGCGUGCACAAAGUCCCAAGCCUUCGCAGGAAGGAUCAAGAAAAAUUUCACACGGUAAAUCAUCCAAACAUAGUGCGGUGAAUGGGGUGAAAAAUAUUCCUGAUCCUACGCCGCCUCCGCGCCCCAAAGCACGUGGAGCCAACGCAGGUCUGCAUGCUUAUGUUAAGAGUAGAAAAAUGAACUUUGAGGCUUUUGAGGUGCCAUCGGAUCAAGCACAGCAAGGUGACAAGCAAGAAAAUAUAGGGACACAACAAGGUGUUCAAGAUAAUGAUACAAAAGACGAUUCGUCCAAGGAUGGAGUUGCCAUAAUAGAUGAUGAAGGACGCGAAUCAGGGGAACCCUCACAGGAUCUUCAAGACGCGUCUGACUACGUCCGCGAAGAACUGGAAAUGCUCGAAGAACAACAAAAAGCUUUGGACAAAGUUGGAGAAAAACUGGAAAUUGAGCUUCGUCGGGCGAUGCAGACUAAAGGUUGUGAAGAUGAACGAGAAAAACUUAUGCAGGAAUGGUUCUUACUGGUUAACAAGAAAAACGAGCUGGUCAGAAGACAAGGUGAACUGAAUUUACUGAAGAACGAAGAGGACCUGGAAAGGAGUAAGGACAUGCUACAACGAGAACUGCGAGCCAUUUUGGAAUUGGAAGAUUGGCAAAAGACCGAGGAGCAAAAAGAUCGUGAAGCAAAAUUAAUUGAUCAGCUGGUGUCAGUUGUCAACAAGAGGGAUCAGUUGGUGCAGUUUGAAGACUCGCAGCUUUAUCAGGCUGAGCAGGAUGCACUCCAUGUGCAAAAAGUGAUUGCUAGUGCCAGGCUUUCAAAGGACAAGAAUGAAUGUGUUCUCCAGUAGGAAUAAAUCAUGUUUAUUUCAGUUUCCUUGGCUUAUGAAACGUGAUUUCAAUCAUCCCCCAAAGUGGCUUGAGAAAGGUGUAUUAAAGAGAACAACAGAACAAAUUCUGUAAAAAUUUGCUCGAGUUAGGUCGAGAUCUUAAAGGUUAUCCCCAAGUAUCUGGUACUCUAAUUGUGAAAAGCUAACCGAACCGUUUGUCUGGUUGUUAUUUACACGUAAAUAUUUAAAUGGAAAGCGAAACAGCUAAUCAAAGACAAUGAAGAUGUAUAGUUAAUGGUUUGAAGCCGGUGGUAACAUGUGAUAGUGAAGUCUGAUCGUCCGUGUGGGUGUAGUCCUGAGGAGGACUGUUGUCGGUAGUGAUGACUGACAUUUCGACAACCUGAGCGGAAGUGAUCACCAGAGUCAAGGGAAUAGUCAUUGUCAGUCGAACAACAAUUAUUCACUACAAUCUGACAACAACUCUUUACUUGACUCCAAUAAUGACUUCCAAUGACGCAGAGGUUGUAGGAUCACACUGAUCACACUGAAGAUAUGUUUAUAGAUACUAAUAACGAGAGUUUUUAAAUGGUGACAUCUCGGGCGGGUCUUUUGCUGCAAAACAGUUAAAAGAAGGC